UAUCGGUACGUGUAUCGCGCUGUAUUAUUACAUGAUGAGCGUUGGUUGCUGCCUGUUUUUGGGAGCGGGGAUAAAUGAAGGAUGGUGUGCUAGGUAUUGUGUCAGUGUGGCGGCCGGGACUGCCGCAUAAUAAUUAUUGUUUUUCCCUCGGCCGUUGAGAAUAUUUUUAAAGGAGACCGGCGUGCGUUGAUGUGCGUGAGGCGCAGCGGGUGAUUAGCGGUUGCAGGUGAAUUGGAUCGGGCCGGGAAUUAUCAAGGAUGUCCGACUCGGAAGAGGACGAGGUGCCGCGCGAGAAGGUCAAGAAGACCCUGCUGUCCGUCGCCGGCCGGCAGCCCUCCAAGCAGACGCUCAACUAUAAAGGUGUCAAAUCGUAUCUGCACCAGUUCUACGACUUCGCCACGGACACCAGCACGCCGAGCGCCACCGACCGGCAGCUGUACAUCAAAUCACGCAAGAUCCGCAUCCGCUCCCUCUGGUGGCGCAUUACUCUAUACAGCGGCGCGUUCUUAAUGUUACUGGGCGCCGUGGCCUUUCUCCUAUCAUGGACCAUCCCCGCGCGGCCCAUCCUGAUCAGCGAGGAGCCCGAGCUGGCCGUGGUGGACCGCGAGGCGGCCGUCUUCAACCGGCAGCUGGAGCUGCUGCGCCUGGCCGGCCUGGCCACCUUCUGCAUCGGCGGGGUCAGCGCGUCGCUGGCGCUGCUGGUGGCCAGCUGCUGCUGGAAGUGCUGCCACCAUCUGCAGCUGCACUACGACGACAUCGAGCCGGAGAGCGUCGUCCGCAAGUUGGUCGAGGAGGACGAGGAUCAGGCGCCGUUGAGUCCGGUGGAGUCGCGGGUGCCGGGCUUCGGCUCCGUCCACCCGGUGCAGCCCCAGCUACCGCCCGGGGGCGGCGGUGUGCCCUACCCCAUCCCCGUCAUCCGGGCGUCACCGGCCUCCGACCAGGAGUGACCUUUACGCGUCCAUUGAGACCCGAAAGAUGGUGCACUACGCUCACUCUUUUUUUACGGCGCACCGCACGAAACACUGUUCUGCAUAUAUAUCGGCGUUAUUUCUCUGUAUAGAGUAGAGUCCGUAAAUCGUCACAAUUUUGGCAGCGAAACGAAAAAUUUUGUCGUACUGAGCAAACGUAACGAAACUUAACUGCACGCUUCCUGUCCCAUAAAAUAACGAACCUUGACGAAUUUAUAAAAUAUUUGAGCGCAACUUAACGAUAACUUUCGAUAUUUUUCCGUAAAAAAAACUGAACGCAACGAAAUCGCAAAAUACAAAUCACAGUAGUAAGCGUUCCUGGGAUUAAUUUUAUUUAUCUGAAUUUUCUAUGUCGUUCCACAUCAAAAAUAGUAGAUCAGAUCAUCAAGCUUCUAUGAAAAUUGCAGCUUGCACUUUUGCAGUUCACUAGUGCCGUUAUGAUUUGCAGUGCUGUGAAGCUAUAAACAACAUGUGCUUGCGAAACACUAGUGCAGUGUCUAGAACUGGGAGUUUCGCAAAGCGUCAGAUUCACUGUGUACAAUAGGUUGCAGCUUCCAGUGUGCGCUUAUG